AUGCCUCAACCGCAGGAUAACGCGAGGUUCAUCCUCCUCGUGAUGAUGAUCUUGUGGAUCAACACUAGCAACGACGCCACGGCCGGCAUCCUGUCGGCGCCGUCGCUGAUCAUGGCCCGUGUCGGCCGCCAGCGCGCCGCCUUUGAGGCAAUCCAGCCGACACAGUGGGGCGACUUUGCGCCGAACACAACGUCUCCUCCACCCGAUACGAAAACCAACGGGACUACAGAGGACAUGGCCGGCUGGCUCAACUUGACAGGCUUUCGUCGCGAAGACAACCUCGCGUGGGACGAUCUGGACCGCUUCCGCGCGCGCUGCCUCGAAUGGAGCCGCAACGCCUAUCCCAUGGUGAAUGGCGUCAGUCUAUGGGACCGCGGCGAGACUAUGCUUACCUGGCAGAACGCCACCAGCUUCGUGGCCGGCGAGUGGGUGCGCCGGCCGGGGUCUGUCGAGCGGCACAUGUCGAGCUACAACCUGUCGGCGAUCACGGCGCAGGCCUAUGACUUGGGCGCGGCCAACGAUGUGGCCGGGCGCGGCACUGGUAUCUUUGGCAGCGGGCCUCGGACUUCGGUCGGCGCUGCCCCCGCAAACAAUACAGACGCCGUGACAGGCGGCAAGAACGUGACUACAAUGGCCCUUGCUGCUGCGGGCGGCUUGUUAGGCAGACGGAGUGCCGUGGAAGACAAUGGAGCACAGCCUGCGUCAUCAAACGCAAACGCAAACGCAGACACUAAGGCAGACGCCAAACCCGACGAGCCCGACCAGCACGACCAGCACCCUCUGCGACCACGGCCCUUUCCUUUGCAGGCUAUGGAGUGGGGUCGCAAUAUCACGGGCUUCAACGGACGCAUGGUGUUGCGCGUCACGGACCAGGACGACGAGGCUGAAUAUGUGGACGAAACCGACCGCUUCGCCGACGAGCCGCCCACUGGCGGCCUUGUGCGCACGACCACGGCCACGGUCACGCUCGAGGACAUUGAGGGCACUGGCAGCUCGUACGACAUGCGCCUCUACGGCGUGCACUGGCCGCGGCAGGGCGCCCUGCUGCUGACGACGACCAGCGAGAAGUUUGCCGGCAUUUUUGGACUGCCACACCUGGCGCCCGGCCGCCCUUUUUUCGAUUCCAGCAAACGACUCCUCAACCGCACACUCGACGCGGCACUUGCAAAGCGCGAAUCCACGCGCCUCUUUGGCCCGCCCGACCCGGCCUUGUCGGCGCCGCUGUGGUCGUCCAACGUCGACGGCGCGCCCGAGGGCUUGACACCGCUACCGCGCUGCGAAUACGUCAUGUACGUGCAGAUCCACCCGCUGGACGCGACACAGUUUCUGCCGACGAAGCACAGUCACAAGCGACCGCUGGGCACGAGAGAUGUCUCUGGCAACGCCAGCAUGCCGGUCCAGACGUUUGAGACCCGCGAGGCUCUUGAGACUCUUGAGACUCGCGGCGUUCCUGACGAGUUUGGCUACAGUCAGGAGGACAUGACGCGCCUCAUGAUCGGCAUCGAGCACGAGAUUCGGUUCCCGACUGGCGCGCCCAUCUUUGGCCGUCGCGGCGUCCCGGACAUGCAAAUGUCUGCCGUGCUCUACUCGCCCGACUGUGCCUACUUUAUCGAGACCAAGGGCCCGCCGCAUUUUGCCGCCGGUGCUGGCGCCGAAGGCCAAGCAGGUGGUCUUUUUGGACAGGAGAAACAGCCUCUGGUGCACCUGCGCGGCAAGAAGUCUGAGGCCAUUGUUUACGACGCCCGCUUGUUGAUGCUCGCCUUUUCUGCCGUACUUUUUGGCCAGGUCAAGCUGUUCUUGGGUCAGGUUCGCGAAACAUACACGCCGUCCACGCUGGGCCGCAUUAGCUUUACGACGAUGGCCGCCAUGGUGCUCGCCGACGGUCUCGUCUUUGGCGCUGCUGCGGCCUGGGCCCUCACGGCGUCUGCGAGCUUCUUGCCGUCGCUCGUCGUCACCUUUUCCUCCUUUACGUCCAUGACCAUUGGCGGCUACUUUUUGUCCGAAAUUUACACGGCCCAGGAGCCCGAGCGCAGACGACGUGACCGCCAAGAGCUGCAGCAAAUCCAGCAGCGACAGAUGGAGAUCCGCGAGCGACUGCGCCAGCACUAUGCCAACAUUGCCAGAAUCCGCGCCGCGGCUUCCACAAACACCGCUAACACCGCGACGGGACUCGGAGCAACCGCAGCAACACCACCUGCAGCAACACCGGCGCCACCUGCUCCACCUGCUCAACCAGUGAUAGCAAGGGCAUCAUCGCCGCCGAUUAUCGUGCCGUCUGACCAAGACAUAGACGCCGAGAUUGCCGACAACGCCCGCGCUGCUGCGACUCCCCUCUUACCGGCACCCGCGACGGCUCCAGGUCCUGGCGGCGCUGCAGCAACAACAGGAGAUGCUCUUGCCACAACGGCAGCCACGCCCGUCCUGCCGCCUUCGACGCCCUUCUCUAACAUGGCCGGCCGCAUGCUCAUGAUCGGCAUCGUCAUCAUGUUCCUCAGUCUCGCUGCGUCGACCUGGUGGGCCUCGCUGCGUGCCACCUAUGCCAACAUACUGUGCUUCAUCUACCUGUCCAUGUGGCUGCCUCAGAUUGCCCGCAACAUUGAGCGCAACAGUCGCCGCGCCUUUGCCUGGCGCUUCAUCUUUGGACAAUCUCUCCUGCGCCUGCUGCCCAUUGCCUACUUUUACCUGCGUACCGACAACAUACUGUUCGCCCAGACCGACUGGCGCGCGUUUACCGCGCUCGUCGCCUGGGUCUGGGUCCAGCUGUGGAUCCUGGCUGCCCAGCACGAGCUCGGCCCGCGUUUCGGCAUUCCCAGCAGCUGGGUCCCCGAGGCUUGGGAAUAUCACCCCGUGCUGCGCGAGGACAACGUCGAGGCUGGCGGCUUGCCUAUUGGCCUCGUAUCGACGGCCGAGGCACCCGCAACCAGCCCCGACGAGGGGCCUGCUGGCGCGGCCAAGCGGAGACCUUCGAAUCCAACGCCCUCCACGUUGGCCAGCAACAGCAUCGCUGCCAACACCAACAUCUGGACCAUGGACUGCGCCAUCUGCUGCGAGGCCUUGGAUGUGCCCGUCGUGCGCGCAGGCGCCGACGAGGCCGGUGUGUCGUCUGUGGCGAGCAGCGUCUCGGGCGUAUUGGCUCGUCGCCAGUAUAUGGUCACGCCCUGCCGCCACAUCUUCCAUACCAAGUGCCUCGAGGGCUGGCUGCGCUUCCGCCUGCAGUGUCCCAUCUGCCGUGAAGAACUGCCGCCGCUGUAG